UCCCAUAUCCCAAUACAGGCACCCACGACGUCAGCGAGAAUCGUUCGCAAGGCCAGCCGCCGGAUCGCAUCGUUCUUGCUGCCUAUUAUAUUACAAACUGUUCACAUUUCAAGUUUAUGUCUAGAGUUAAUUAAAUCCACAAUGGUUGAGGCGGAUCUUUGGAUUAGGCCAGCUUAAGAUAUCCCGAUGUCUUGUCUUCAGCGAUAUUAAUACACUGAUCGAUCUUUUCGUCUUCUGAAUCGUGAUAUGAUCAGGUAGAAACACCUGCCUGCGUGCUGGACUGGAAGCAUGGACGAGUCGAGCCUGUUCAUGCAGUGGGCAAUGGACACGCUGCAGCACGAGCACCAGCUGCAGCACCCGUCGCUCCAACAGCUCGGCGGCUCUGCGGCGUUAAAGAACGGCGGCAUGGCCAGCUCCGGAAACACGUCUGCCGUGCCCGUGGCCACGGAGAACGACAGCGUCGGCAGCAGCAGCGUGAGCUGGAACUUCGCCUCGGCCUUUUCACGGCAGCCGGGCAACGAAGCCACCACGGUUCCCUCCUCGAGAGCGCGCGACGUGCCGGCCGCGGACCCGGCGGCGUCGAGGAGAGCCUCCGCCGCCGCCGCCAGCACGGGGCACACGUCGCCGGCCGCGCGUGACCACAUCAUGGCGGAGCGGAAGCGCCGGGAGAAGAUCAACCGGCGCUUCAUCGAGCUCUCCACCGUCAUCCCCGGCCUCAAAAAGAUGGACAAGGCGACGAUUCUUUCGGACGCCGUCAGAUACAUCAAGGAGCAGCAGGAAAAGCUCAGGGCACUCGAAGACAGCACCGCCACGACCCGGUCCGUACUAGUGCUCGUCAAGAAGCCGUGCAUCGAGUCGCCGUUUGCUGCAGCUCCAACUCCGACGACGACCAGGAGCGCGCUGCCGGAGAUCGAGGUGGCGAUCUCGGAGAGCAACGUGAUGGUGAGGAUCCACUGCGAGGACGCGAAGGGGGUGCUUGUCAGGUUACUCGCCCAGGUCGAGGGGCUCCACCUUAGCAUCACGCACACCAAUGUCAUCCCGUUCCCGGCUUGUACUGUGAUCAUAACCAUCGUGGCAAAGGUGGACGAGGGCUUCAAGAUCACAACGGAGGACAUUGCUGGGAAGCUCCAGUCUGCGUUGCGCCUGAAGAAUCUUGAAGCCGCAAAGACUUAAUAGUAAAAAGGCAUCAUGCGUUCGUGUUUGUGUUUGUGUUUGUGUCAGUCUUGUGGCGGCAAAGGAGAAAAACUGUUGCUUCUGGCUAUGUCAAUAAUAAAGCCUCGUGCAGCGCGAGCCGCAUGUGACUGAGCCAAAAACAUGCAUGCAUUGCAUGUCCUGAUUCGCGCAUCACAUCCUGUCGAUACAACGCAAGCAAGCUUGCGAUCGAGUGGUAGCGGCGCCCGGCCGGCGAGAAUCUCGGCGCCACAUCUUGAAUUGUACUCCAAGUUUUGUUUGGUCGGAACAGAAACACGCAUAUAUAGUACUGUGGCCUACGUA